GCAUACACCGACGGAGCGAUCUCUCUGGGCAGGGGAUGCACGGUUUACUCAUCCGACCGAGACAACCUGCGGACCGGAUCAGCUGACGAGCCGGGCACGGUUGAAGACCAGCACGCCAGACAUCAACACCGAGCCGUAAUUUAUUCGACCCGCGUUUUCUGGUGUGUUUUGGAGCCGUUGUUGUCCCUCAAAUAGUCACCAUCGGACUAACUUACCUGUCAAAACGACAAAGUGACACUUUCGCGGACAUAAUCGCUGCAGAUUUCACUGGACAUGGAGGAUGCUCUGACGACAGCCGCAGCGAAUGGAAACACGGCAGAUGUGGAGGAUCUCCUGCGGGCAGGAGCUCAAGUUAACGGCGUGAACUGUUUUGGACGAACCGCUCUGCAGGUGAUGAUGAUGGGCAGCACGUCGGUGGCUCAGGUGUUAUUGAACCACGGAGCGGAUCCCAACUUGGCGGACCGUAUCACCGGGACCACCCCGCUGCAUGAUGCAGCCAGGACGGGCUUUCUGGACACUGUGAGGCUGCUGGUGCACUCUGAGGCUGAUCCGCACGCCAGGGACAAUAAAAACAAUCUGCCUAUCGACUUGGCCAAAGAAAACGGUCAUAAAAAAGUGGUCGAUUUUCUGCAGUCGCUGUAAGACUUCUCACUGUGAUUUUUUUAAACGGGGACUAUGAGGAACUGGGCCUGACAGGCCCUGCAGCCCAAACUAAGCAGUGACUGUUUUGCUGUAAAACAUUUAUUUAUUUAUCUCAUAUUUUCCGCUGAGAGGCAUCGUUUUUUUUUUUAACGAAAUCGGAGUUAACGAGAGGCGCAGGGUCGCUGUUAUGACAAAUAACAUAAAAUUGUUAGAAAUAUAUAAAGCCAGGCUAUUCAGGGGUUUCAGUUUACAGCGACAUUAAUACAGUACAGUAUGUUGUGGUGUAUAAUUUGUCAUGUCGACACUAAUAAUAAAAAUAAUGGCCCAAGUCAUUUUUUUUUAGGUUUUUCAGCAUUUUUCAGCAGGCCAGCAUUAUCAUCACAAAAAUAAUUUUAGGGAAAAAAUGACUUUAUGCCAUUAUUUUAGGAAGGUGACGACAUUCCUUUUAGCCUACUGUACAAGCGAUAUCACUUUAUAUAAUGUACAGUUAUAUUAAUAUUGAUCCAGUAAAUUGUUUUUUUUUUUAAUAGGAUUAUUGGUGGGAUUUAUCAUAAACCAUGGCCUAUAAUGGUUACUGUAUCUUGAAUAUUUUUCCAUGUCAUAUAUUUAACCAAAGCCUUUCAAAAUGUUUUGCACAUCGAACAUUAGUGUCUAACUGAUGCACUUUUCUGUAAGCAUUGUCUUUAUUCUGCAGACACUUGGUGUCCUACUUCCUGUUUGUACAAAUGACGCACUUUAAUAAAAAAAUAUUCAAAGUGUU